UGGGCCCACGAGCUCCAUCCCUUGAGCCAUGGUUUUCUCACGUGUGACAUGGGAUGAUGAGCAUGGACACUGGAGCUGGACUGCCUGCAUGGAAAUUCUGCCGCUCUUGGCUGCUUGCCUGUGGGCAAGUCAUUUUAGGCUGACCAAGUCUCAGUUUUUACAUCUGUAAAAUGGAGUACAAAUAAUAUACUCCAUGAAGGAUUGUUGUGAGGAUUAAAUUGGUACACAGCAUUCUUUCUAUGUGCAGGUGUUCUGUAGGUGGUGUUGACGGGGCGGGUAAUACUAGGAGUGUGGUAUAGAUUAGGGUUGGGGGCAGCUGGUCACAGUAGGCCCUUUAUAGGAGACAGUUGUUAUCCUUGUUAUUAUUAGUCAGAUGAGUAUAGAAUUAGAGUGAAGAGGCGGGUCUCCCAGGUACUGAGCAGUGUAAGCAAAGCCAGGAGGCGGGAAUGGACAAUGUGUGAGAAAGGACAAAAAGUUUGGUUUGGAGCCUCAGGACCUACAGGAUGAAAUAUGCCUGCUGGUUUCUCAGCCUUGUGGUCUCCUAGAAGCCACUCAAAAGUCCAGAUUCCAUCAGCAAAUCCCCAUGGCUUGUCUUUUACAUCUUUCCUGGGUACAGGUCUCCUAGAGGGUCUGCUCCCUGUCUCUCGGAGGAUGGGUCUCCAGGGGACAUUCUACUUCCCCCUGGGGCUCCUCGUUGGCUCUGUGCUUUUGGUGGCAUCAGCCCCAGCCACUCUCGAACCUCACGGCUGCAGCGACAAGGAGCAACAGGUCACCGUCAGCCAUACCUACAAGAUUGACGUGCCCAAGUCUGCACUGGUCCAGGUGGAGACUGACCCUCAGCCCCUCAGCGAUGAUGGGGCCUCACUCCUGGUCCCAGGGGAGGCUGAGGAACAGAACAUCAUCUUCAGGCACAACAUCCGCCUGCAGACGCCACAGAAGGACUGUGAGCUGGCAGGCAGCGUCCGAGACCUCCUGGCCCGGGUGAUGAAGUUGGAGGAGGAGAUGGCGGAGAUAAGGGCGAAGUGCAAUGUCCAACGCUGCUGCCAAGGCGCUGCUGGUGGGAGCCACGACUGCAGCGGCCACGGAACCUUCUCGCCGGACACCUGCACCUGCCACUGCGAGCAGGGCUGGGAGGGCGCGGCGUGCGAGCGGCCCGCCUGCCCCGGGGCGUGCAGCGGUCACGGGCACUGCGCUGCCGGCCGCUGCGAGUGCGAGCCGCCCUAUGUGGGCGCCGACUGCGCCUACCCCGCCUGCCCCGACGACUGCAGCGGCCACGGCGCGUGCGUGCGCGGGGUCUGCCAGUGCCACGACGACUUCACGGCCGAGGACUGCAGCGAGCGCCGCUGCCCCGGCGACUGCAGCGGCCACGGCUUCUGCGACACGGGCGAGUGUUACUGCGAGGAGGGCUUCAGAGGCCUCGACUGCGCCCAGGUGGUGGCUCCCCAGGGCCUGCAGCUGCUCAGGAGCACGGAGGAUUCCCUGCUGGUGAGCUGGGAGCCCUCCAGCGAGGUGGACCACUACCUCCUCAGCUACUACCCUCUGGGGCAGGAGCUCUCUGGGAAGCAGAUCCAAGUGCCCAAGGAGCAGCACACCUACAAGAUCACUGGUUUGCAGCCUGGAACCAAGUACAUAGUUACCCUGCGCAACGUGAAGAAAGAAGUUUCCAGCAGCCCACAGCAUCUGCUUGCCACGACAGAUCUUGCUGCUCUUGGCACUGCGUGGGUGACGGAUGAGACAGAGAACUCGCUUGAUGUGGAGUGGGAGAACCCCCCGACUGAGGUGGACUACUACAAGCUGCAAUACAGCCCCCUCACAGGGCAGGAGGUGGCCGAGGUCACUGUGCCCAAGAGCAGUGACCCCAAGAGUCGCUAUGACAUCACCGGUCUGCAGCCCGGGACAGAAUACAAGAUCACCGUUGUUCCCAUGAAAGGAGAACUGGAGGGCAAGCCGAUUCUCCUGAACGGCAGGACAGAAAUUGAUAGCCCAACCAAUGUGGUCACUGAUCGGGUGACAGAAGACACAGCGGUGGUCUCCUGGGUCCCCGUCCAGGCUGUCAUAGAUAAGUACGUGGUACGCUAUACUUCUGCCGAUGGGGACACGAAGGACACGGCCGUCCCGAGGGAGCAAAGCAGCACCAUUCUGACAGGCUUGAGGCCAGGAGAGGCGUACAAAGUCUACGUGUGGGCUGAGAGAGGCAACCAGGAGAGCAAGAAGGCCGACACAAAUGCCCUCACAGAAAUUGACAGCCCCACAAAUCUGGCCACCGACUGGGUGACAGAGGACACAGCCACCGUCUCCUGGGACCCAGUGCAAGCCCUCAUUGACAAGUAUAUGGUGCGCUACACCUCGGCCGAUGGUGACACCAGGGAGGUGUCUGUGGGGAAGGAGCAGAGCAGCACCGUCCUGACAGGUCUGAGGCCGGGUGUGGAGUACACGGUCCAGGUGUGGGCCCAGAAGGGGGACCGGGAGAGCAAGAAGGCUGACACCAAGGCCCCAACAGAAAUUGACAGCCCCCAAAACCUGAUGACUGACCAGGUGACAGAGGACACGGCCACCAUCUCCUGGGACCCAGUGCGAGCUGUCAUCGACAAGUAUAUGGUGCGCUACACUUCGGCCGAUGGGGACACCCGGGAGGUGGCUGUGGGGAAGGAGCAGAGCAGCACCAUCCUGACAGGUCUGAAGCCGGGUGUGGAGUACACGGUCCAGGUGUGGGCCCAGAAGGGGGACCGGAAGAGCAAGAAGGCCGACACCACGGCCCCCACAGACAUUGACAGCCCAAGAAACCUGGUGACUGACCGGGUGACAGAGAACACAGCCACCAUUUCCUGGGACCCGGUGCAGGCUGUCAUCGACAAGUAUAUGGUGCGCUACACCUCAGCUGAUGGAAACACCAGGGAGGUGUCUGUGGGGAAGGAGCAGAGCAGCACCAUCCUGACGGGUCUGAGGCCGGGUGUGGAGUACACGGUCCAGGUGUGGGCUCAGAAGGGGGCUCAGAAGAGCAAGAAGGCUGACACCAAGGCCCCGACAGACAUUGACAGCCCAAAAAACCUGGUGACUGACCGGGUGACAGAGGACACAGCCUCUAUCUCCUGGGACCCAGUGCAAGCCCUCAUUGACAAGUAUAUGGUGCGCUACACCUUGGCCGAUGGUGACACCAGGGAGGUGUCUGUGGGGAAGGAGCAGAGCAGCACCGUCCUGACGGGUCUGAGGCCGGGUGUGGAGUACACGGUCCAGGUGUGGGCCCAGAAGGGGGACCGGGAGAGCAAGAAGGCUGACACCAAGGCCCCAACAGAAAUUGACAGCCCCCAAAACCUGAUGACCGACAGGGUGACAGAGGACACAGCCACCAUCUCCUGGGACCCAGUGCAAGCCGUCAUCGACAAGUAUAUGGUGCGCUACACCUCGGCCGAUGGGGACACCAGGGAGGUGGCUGUGGGAAAGGAGCAGAGCAGCACCGUCCUGACGGGCCUGAGGCCGGGUGUGGAGUACACGGUCCAGGUGUGGGCCCAGAAGGGGGACCGGGAGAGUAAGAAGGCCGACACCAAGGCCCCCACAGACAUUGACAGUCCCAAAAACCUUGUGACCAACAAGGUGACAGAGGACACGGCCACCAUCUCCUGGGACCCAGUGCGAGCCGUUAUCGACAAGUAUAUGGUGCGCUACACCUCCGCCAAUGGUGACACCAGGGAGGUGUCUGUGGGGAAGGAGCAGAGCAGCACCGUCCUGACGGGCCUGAGGCCGGGUGUGGAGUACACGGUCCAGGUGUGGGCCCAGAAGGGGGACCGGGAGAGUAAGAAGGCCGACACCGCCGCCCUGACAGAAAUUGACAGCCCCAAAAACCUGGUGACGGACCGGGUGACAGAGGACACGGCCACCAUCUCCUGGGACCCAGUGCAAGCCGUCAUCGACAAGUAUAUGGUGCGCUACACCUCGGCCGAUGGGGACACCAGGGAGGUGGCUGUGGGGAAGGAGCAGAGCAGCACCGUCCUGACGGGCCUGAGGCCGGGUGUGGAGUACACGGUCCAGGUGUGGGCCCAGAAGGGGGACCGGGAGAGCAAGAAGGCCGACACCGCAGCCCUGACAGACAUCGACCCUCCCAGAAACCUCCGUCCGUCGGCUGUCACCCAGUCUGGAGGGGUGCUGACCUGGACAGCCCCCUCUGCUCAGAUCGAUGGCUACAUUCUCACCUACCAGUUCCCAGAUGGCACCGUUAAGGAGGUACAGCUGGGAAGAGGGGAUGAGAGGCUUGAGUUGCAAGGCCUUGAGCAGGGCAUCACCUACCCUGUCUCCUUGGUCGCCUUUAAGGGUGAUCGACGGAGCAGGAGUGUAUCCACCAGCCUUUCCACAGUUGGUGCGCGUUUCCCACAUCCUGCGGACUGCAGUCAAGUUCAGCAGAACAGCAAUGUCGCCAGUGGUAUGUACACCAUCUACCUGCACGGAGACUCCAGGCGGCCCCUGCGGGUGUACUGUGACAUGGACACGGACGGAGGCGGCUGGAUCGUCUUCCAGAGGCGCAACACGGGGCAGCUGGAUUUCUUCAAGCGCUGGCGGACCUACGUGGAAGGCUUUGGGGACCCCAUGAAGGAGUUCUGGCUUGGACUCGACAAGCUACACAAUCUCACCACUGGCACCCCUACUCGCUACGAGGUGAGAGUGGACCUCCAGACCGCCAACGAGUCUGCCUAUGCUGUGUACGAUGCCUUCCAGGUGGCCUCCAGCAAGGAGCGGUACCGGCUCUCCGUUGGGAAAUACAGAGGCACAGCAGGGGAUGCUCUGACUUACCACAAUGGAUGGAAGUUUACAACUUUCGACAGAGACAAUGAUAUCGCCCUCAGCAACUGUGCCCUGACCCAUCAUGGUGGCUGGUGGUACAAGAACUGCCACUUGGCCAACCCCAACGGCAGAUACGGGGAGACCAAACACAGUGAGGGGGUAAACUGGGAGCCAUGGAAAGGACAUGAAUUCUCCAUUCCUUAUGUUGAGUUGAAAAUCCGCCCUCAUGGCUACAGUGGGGAGCAAGUCCUGGGCAGAAAGAAGCGGACACUAGGAGAAAAUUCGAGAACGUUCUGAUGGCCUAUGGGAGCCGUCAUCGCACGAGGCAAGACUGGCCUGGGAUUGGGGCUGUGUAGGCUUGGGGCAGGUGGGUAGAAGUGACUGGUUCAUGGACGUUCGGGGGAUGCUCCUGGACUCUGGUUUCUCAGAUGGCUGGAUAACCUUCAGAACAAAGCACGUGACCAAGCUUCAGACCAUACAAGUCACUUCCCUGUCACCUGCAUUUUUGCCCUUCUAUACUGGGGGCCUGAAAGUCAACCAGUGGUAACAUAUGGGAAAGACAACACCAGACUGCAAGGUUUUUCAGUCUAUCUUCAGGAACAAAUAUAUGGGAUUAGUGGGGAAAAGGAAAAAAAAAAUCAACUUGCACUUCACCAAUUGGAAAUCUCUGGAAAUUGGCAUAUAUCUAUAUCUAUAUCUAUAUCUAUAUCUAUAUCUGCUACUAGAAGCCUUUUUCUUGGAAAGAAGCACCAAGGAGGGGUUCUUUUUGAUGACCAAGGGGCUAAAGUGGCCUGAUGCUUGUUACCUCCCAUCGUCACUGGGUUUUGAGAAAAAAGCUGUAAAUCUUUCCCCAUUUAAAAGAUGCUAGUGUUAGGAGGAAGAAAAAAGGGACCACAAGGACCAACAUGGAUUCCUAUCUAGCUAAGUUGUGACCAGCAUCCAGCAUGCUGGAAACCAAGCUUCUGUGUUACUGCUCUUCUCGAAGGCCCCCUUCCCACUUAUUUGCAUAAUCACUUGCAUAGAUCUGCAUAUGUUGUGAAUAAAUUCUCACUCAUUUCAACUUUAAAUAAUUGGACUCUUUUGAUGAUUGAUUCCUCCCAAAGACUCUUCUGUGACUCCCUUUCAUGUCCUCCGGUCCUCAGCCUCCCCUCCUUUCCCUGGCCCCCCACAUGGUCAGACCCGUAGGUGUUCUGCAGCUUCUCUGAGACAGAGGCGUACUGUUUGAACGGGCACUUGGCCAGUUGGAUCCUUUGGGCUUAUUUUCCUGUGACUCUGGAAGGUUCUUCUGUAGCGAAGUCCAUGAUCAUUAUUAAAGUAACUUAAAUUCCUACUUAAGAAAGAAAGAAUA